AUGUUUAUCGACAUUGCUGUGAAUAUCACCGACAAGCUGCUGGCAAAAGACGAAGACUCCAUCGAAGACGUCAUUAAAAGAUGCAAGGAUGGCAAGGUCUUUCCGAUAUUUACCGGCCUUGAUCAUCAUACAAGUAAAUCCUGCGUGAACCUGGCGAGAAAAUAUAAAACAGUGUCAACUGUGGGGAUUCAUCCCACGUCAUCCUCAAAGUAUAAGGACGUCGAUGGAAUCAUUCCAUUGAUCGAUGACGACACCGUUGUUGCAAUAGGUGAAUGCGGCUUAGAUUACGAUCGUCUUGAGUUUGCGGAUAAAGCUUCCCAGAAAAGGAUUUUUAAGUCCCAGCUGGAUUUAGGAGGAGACUGCUACUUUCUCCAUUCAAGAUCUUGUCAUAGAGAUUUUAUGGAAGCUAUUUCUGAUUACAGGAUAAGAGGUGUUGUUCAUAGCUUUACUGGAAGCAUAGAAGAGGCUAAUGAGCUAAUAAAAAAAGGACUAUUCAUAGGAAUUAACGGAUGCUCUGUAAAGACUUUGGAGGGAGUAGAUGUUGUAAGAAAUCUCCCUCUUGAUUCUCUUCUUAUAGAGACAGACUCUCCAUAUUGCAAGAUCAGAAAGAGCUAUGCUGGAUUCAAGUAUGCCGCAUCGGAUUUCAGUUAUGAGAAGGCUCUAAAGAAAAGAAACGAGCCUUGCUGUAUUGUGCAAAUAGCUGAGAUAAUAAGUAAUGUAACUGGGAAGGACUAUAGCUAUGUUGUAGAGACCGUAUUUGGAAACACAAUCAGGCUUUAUGGGGACUUGCUGAGAAGGUCAGUGGAAGAAUGGGGGCUUUGA